CUGAAAAACUGAUGCAUUCUGAAAGCAUUGUGUGUGUGCAACGAUGUUACCUAGUAUCUUGGUUGCACAGUUGGUUUUCUGUAAUGGCUGUGUGGUUUCGGGGCAGUCAGACAGGCUUAUCAAUGUGUUUGCAACUGUGUCAAACAUGUCUGUUGAUUGGGUAGGAUAUGGGUACGCAGCCCUGGUCGCCUCCGGGGGGGUAAUGGGCUACGUCAAAGCAGGCAGCGUGCCCUCCCUGGCCGCUGGUCUAGUCUUCGGUGGGCUUGCCGGCCUCGGUGCUUAUCAGGUGUCCAAGGACCCUACUGACAUCUGGAUCUCCCUCGCUACGUCUGGAGCGCUGACAGGCGUCAUGGGAAAGAGGUUCUACGGGUCGAGGAAGUUCAUGCCCGCUGGUCUGGUCGCUGGAGCAAGUCUUCUGAUGAUGGGGAAGCUCAGCAUGGCGUUGCUUCAGAAACCCCAGGACUCCUAAAGUGAUUUCUACUGCUAUGGAAAGUUUUCACUUGAAAUCCACUCUGCAAUAUCUUCAGGAUCAGCCUGUCAACACUCGCUAAUAUUGUUUAUAUGCUUUGCAUGUGUUUUGUAAAAAAAUAAUUAAGUUGAUGAAUAAACAAAUCGUGUUUA